AUGCUAGCAGCCCGCACAGGCGCUGCAGGGAGUCAGAUCUCCGAAGACAGCAGCAAGUUCAGAAAGCAGUCUGGCCUUUCUUCAGGGGGGAAAGACAGAUCUCCCAAGAAAGCCCCCGAGAAUGUCAAAGACAGCAGCCUCAGCCCCUCUGGGCAAAGCCAGCUCAGGGCAAGGCAGUUGGCCCUGCUGCGGGAAGUGGAGAUGAACUGGUACCUAAAGCUCUGCGAACUGUCGAGCGAGCACACCACCGCACACACCACCGGGAUGCCGCACAGGAAUCUUGGGAAAUCAGGACUCAGAGUUUCGUGCUUGGGUCUUGGAACAUGGGUGACAUUCGGAGGUCAAAUUUCAGAUGAGGUUGCUGAACGACUGAUGACAAUUGCCUACGAAAGUGGAGUUAAUCUCUUCGACACUGCUGAAGUCUAUGCUGCUGGGAAGGCUGAGGUGAUUCUGGGGAGCAUCAUCAAGAAGAAAGGCUGGAGGAGGUCCAGCUUGGUCAUCACAACCAAACUCUACUGGGGUGGAAAAGCUGAAACAGAAAGAGGAUUGUCUAGAAAGCACAUCAUUGAAGGAUUGAAAGGCUCCCUCCAGAGGCUGCAACUAGAAUAUGUGGACGUGGUCUUUGCAAAUCGCCCAGACAGCAACACCCCCAUGGAAGAAAUCGUUCGAGCCAUGACGCACGUGAUCAACCAAGGCAUGGCCAUGUACUGGGGCACCUCGAGAUGGAGCGCAAUGGAGAUCAUGGAAGCCUACUCUGUCGCGAGGCAGUUCAACAUGAUCCCACCUGUCUGUGAACAAGCUGAGUACCAUCUUUUCCAGAGAGAGAAGGUGGAGGUUCAGCUGCCAGAGCUCUACCAUAAAAUAGGGGUCGGUGCAAUGACAUGGUCUCCACUUGCUUGUGGAAUUAUUUCAGGAAAAUAUGGAAAUGGGGUGCCAGAAAGUUCUAGAGCUUCACUGAAGUGCUACCAGUGGUUAAAGGAAAGAAUUGUAAGUGAAGAAGGGAGAAAACAGCAAAACAAGCUGAAAGACCUCUCUCCAAUUGCUGAACGCCUGGGAUGCACACUACCUCAGCUGGCUGUGGCAUGGUGUCUGAGAAAUGAGGGUGUGAGUUCUGUGCUCCUGGGAUCAUCCACUCCUGAACAACUCAUUGAAAACCUCGGUGCCAUUCAGGUCCUCCCUAAGAUGACAUCACAUGUGGUGAAUGAGAUUGAUAACAUAUUGCGCAACAAGCCCUACAGCAAAAAGGACUAUAGAUCCUAAGGCAAUGCAUGAGCCACGUAAGCUGCAUGGGUAAAAUCAUGGUGGGUAGGCAGUGCACAAUGGCCUUACCAGCCACUCUUUUCAAUCACUUAGCAGCUUGCUGCUCAACCUCUAGUGUCCCAGGAUUCUCUGAGGUUUCUGCUGUUGCUACCACUGUGCACCCUGAAUUCUGAACACAUCUGAAAAUUCACAAGCCAGAAAAUCCAUUCUAUUUUCUUAUCUUGGACUGGUCCCCUAUCCUGGCAUUGGUCUGCGUACCUCAUGUUUUUGCAAUGGAAAGAAUAUUGGGGUAGGGGCUCUAUUAUCUUCAAAAGAAGGCUGUACAUAUAUAUUUUUUUCAAAAGAACAAAUUCACAAGAUACAGUAUAUGAUCUGCAUAGGAAACAGGAUAUCCUCACUCUUUAGUUUUGCUUUGGAGAACAAACAAAACUAAUUUCCUUUUUUUUUUCCAUAUUUCAUAUUCACACUAGUAAGUUUUGCGUCACCUGUAAUUCAAAUAAAAUUUCUAGAUAUUUGCUUUCACUGUCUCUAAAGUUACGUUGUUGCCUGGCCCUGUACAAUUUUACUGGGGUGUUUCUCAGGGUUCUAACAUAUCCAUUUACAUAGUUAUAAAGGCAUGACUACCCCAAUCUUUACUAGAUACAUAAUGCUAAUUUAUAAAACGGUUACAAGGCUAUGGAAACAGCUUUAAAUCAAAUGUUAAGUGUUCAUUUUUUACCUUCUAACAAAGCCUGCAUAUACCUUUUCAAUUGCUUGUAGGCACAAUUUCUGUUAAGUUUAAAUAUAUGAGCUUUAAAAACACAUACAUGCUCAGUUUUGUAAUUAAACCUAUAAAUACCCAGAAUGUGUUCAGUUUGCUAUUGGGACAUUACUAUAUAAUGCUUGAUAUUUCCUGAAGUUAUUAACAUGAAAACAAAUCAUAGGCAAUGUAAAAUCAAAAAAAAAAUUUUUCUCAUUCCUCAGCAUAUGCUAGAUGAAUUAACUUGCCCAAAAGAAAAAGCAAAAAUAUUCAAGAAGCUCCUGAUUCUAAUCAUAUCACACACUACACCGUAUGCAUGAAAGCUCUUUGCAUGGAAUAAAGGGGCUUAGCUUUGCACUCAGAAUCUGAUACCCUUAGCCCUGCCUCUACAGGCUAAUUCCCCUCACUGUAUCCCACUUGAGAAGAACUGAAAGACUAUACUGUGUGAGUAUCUGUAAAUAAGGAUAAAACACAAGGGGUUUUGUUGUUUUGUUUUCUGUAAAGGAGGCGUCAUUUUCUAACUGUCUACCUAUAGAUGGACAUUCUACUUCAUCUAGUUAGCAAGUUCUUCAUCACUUUACGAUUUACACAAGAAAUAUAUGAACUUAAAAUCAUUUUCAGAUAUGUACCACAUGGUUAAGUUCUAAAUCUUUGACUAUCAGUGAAAGAUACCACGAAAUAUGAUUGUUACUACCUAGAUUCUAGUAGGCAACUUGGAAGUUUCACCCAUGAGUAUCUGAUUAAUGAUGGAGAUGAAUUAACUUUCCAGCUAUUCAUUGUAAAUUUAACUACUGAAUUAUUGUAUGUAUGAGUGGAGUGCUGUCUAAAUGAAAAUCGAUUCAUUUGCUUAGAGUAAUAAAGGCAUCUGCAAUCUCAUAA